AGUGCGCCCGGCCCCUCCCUACCUCCCGGGGCCGCGUAGUGAUGCCGUCAGUCUUCGGCGCGACCGAAGACUCUAGGGACUCACGUGAAGUGGUGCGCACUUCGUAGCCCUUCCAUUCCCUUCCCUCCCUCUGGGCUCUGGGGCCACAGCCCUCCUCCGGAACGGCGGCGUCAUGAAGGAGACGCCGUUAUCUAACUGUGAGAGGCGCUUCCUGCUCCGGGCCAUCGAGGAGAAGAAGCGCCUUGAUGGUCGACAGACCUAUGACUACAGAAACAUCAAAAUUUCAUUUGGAACAGACUAUGGCUGCUGUAUUGUGGAACUUGGGAAAACAAGAGUUCUUGGGCAAGUUUCCUGUGAACUUGUUUCUCCAAAGCUCAAUCGGGCAACAGAAGGUAUUCUUUUCUUUAACCUUGAACUCUCUCAGAUGGCCGCUCCAGCUUUCGAACCUGGCAGGCAGUCAGACCUCUUGGUGAAGUUGAAUCGACUUCUGGAAAGAUGUCUAAGAAAUUCAAAGUGUAUAGACACUGAAUCGCUCUGUGUUGUUGCUGGUGAAAAGGUCUGGCAAAUACGUGUGGAUCUGCAUCUCUUGAAUCAUGAUGGAAACAUUAUUGAUGCUGCCAGCAUUGCAGCCAUUGUGGCACUGUGUCACUUCAGGAGACCUGAUGUGUCUGUCCAAGGUGAUGAGAUUACCCUGUACGCGCUGGAGGAACGAGAUCCCGUACCUUUGAGUAUACAUCACAUGCCCAUCUGCAUCAGUUUUGCCUUCUUCCAGCAAGGAACUUACUUGUUGGUGGAUCCCAACGAACGAGAGGAACGCGUUAUGGAUGGCCUGCUUGUAAUUGCUAUGAACAAACACCGGGAGAUCUGUACCAUCCAGUCUAGCGGGGGGAUCAUGCUGCUCCAAGAUCAGGUUUUGAGAUGUAGCAAGAUCGCUGGCGUGAAGGUGGCGGAGAUCACGGAACUCAUCCUGAAAGCCUUAGAGAACGACAAGAGAGUGAGGAAAGAAGGUGGAAAGUUCGGCUUUGCAGAAUCAAUUGCAAACCAGAGGAUCACAGCUUUCAAAAUGGAAAAGGCCCCUGUUGAUACCUCGGAUGUGGAAGAGAAAGCAGAAGAAAUCAUAGCUGAAGCCGACCCUCCUUCAGAGGCUGUUUCUAAACCGGUGCUGUGGACUCCUGGGACUGCCCAGAUUGGAGAGGGGAUAGAGAGUUCCUGGGGCGAUCUGGAAGAGGAGGAGGAAGAAGAGGAAGGUGGCAGUGAUGAAGUCACCAUUCUCGACAGCGUCAAGAUGGAAACUGAAGACCCGAGUGCAGGCAACCACAUCAGCGACGAUGCUCCCAUCGUUCUGUCAGACAGCGAAGAAGAUGAGAUCAUCAUUUUAGAACCGGGAGAAAAUCCAAAGAAAACAAGAACGCAGGCCAACUCCAAACCGGAAAAAGUCUCAAGUAAAAAAGCAGUUAGAAAGAAAAAGAAGAAGAAACCUGCUAACUAAAAUUUCCCAAAUACACUACUGGAAGGUAUAUUUAGGACUUGCAUAUUUUCACAUGUAUUUUUCUUGAUUUAAAAUAAAGCAUCUAGAAAACA